AUGCACCCUAAAAUCAGCGAGAUUGCCUUUGAUGACUUUCUGGAGCGGUUCAUGCCCGGUCCGGAUAUGCCAGCUAAGUGGGCGAAGGAGAUCCCUGGUAUGAGUACUACGGUGCUAAUGGAGACAAAAGAGACCAAUAUCUGUGAUGAACUGUGCAAGGUCGCACAGCCAAUCUUCGAUCAUUGUCCUCACGGAGACAAGUUGGCGGCAAAGAACACGAGCCACACUCCUGACGACAGCCAUUGUGAAGACUAUAGCGAGAAGUUGAAGGUUGAUGUUUCAUUCUACCCCGUAGACGACGACGCGAAGGGUGACUACACCCGCCCCGAGUUGACAGGCUCGCAUGCGGCCACUCGCUGGGCGUGGAUCUCAUUGCUGGUGGAGGUCAAGACAGCUCAAAAGCACUGCGCAUUCGACUUUGAGGAUGAGAAAGUCGAGAAGAAGGAUGUCGGACGCAAGAAGGCGGUGGACGGAGGCGAGGAUGGCGGCGGCGAUGCUGAACACCGUGAUGGCCCUCAGGAAUCUGCUGCGGUAGGUAGGGGCCAGGGGCACGCUACAGACGACGGUGACCCGCCGACCCCGAGGCCUUUUGUUCGUACUGGCGAAGCGGCAGAAAGAGCACUCGGGUGCAUGGGCAAGUACAUCGCGAAGCUGCUCAGGCGGCAGCACCGGCUGCACAUCUUCACCCUCUAUGUCUUCAAGGGACAGGUUCGUGUUCUUCGCUCGGACCGAGCCGGUACUAUCGUCUCGACGCCGGUCAACUUCGAGGCGGAUCCAUCGUUGCUGCACAAGGUCCUGUGGCGAUAUGCUUGCAUGAAUCAAGUAGAGCGUGGCUUCGAUCCGACAGUGACCAGGGCGACGGUCGAGGAGAUAGAAGCCAUGAGAUCCUGUCCAGCGAUGAACAAUGCGGCCGGGGCCUACCGCGACGCCGCACUGGAUCAGCCCGGAUGGCCAGUCUACAAGAUAACGAUGCGACGCGGAGACUUGAUCGACCAGCGGAGCAUGCAACCGAUCGCUGAUGAAUUCUACGAACCCGAAGAACUGAGCAUACCGGAGGAUCGUGUGGGGACUUCGGACGAGGUGUGCUUCAUCGUCGGUAAGCAUCGUUCUGCCACGAAUUCCCCGGCCGGGCGAGGUAUGAGAGGCUACAUCGCCUACGACGUGUCGCGUCGACGGCUGGUCUUCUUGAAAGACUAUUGGCGACCAUGUAUCAAGAGCUCACUGUUCGAGGGGGAGGUGUUGCAUUCGCUGAGGAGUGUGGGAGUGCGAUACGUCCCAACGCCUCUGGCUGCCGGGAUCGUGCAGGAUGAGAUGGGCGUCCAGGAGACGUGUACACAGGAUUUCUUGCCGGUGGAUGAGAGGACGGGGUGUUAUGCGCCGAGGCAAGAGCACUAUCGUCUCGUCGUGAAGGAGAUUGGUGAACCACUUGAAGAACACAAAAGUCCAUACGAACUCGUCAAGGUGAUAUGGCAUGCGCUCUACGGGCACAGACAGGCAUGGGAGCUGAAGGAACUUCUUCAUAGAGACAUCAGUGCCGGCAACAUUCUCAUCCUCCGCUACAUCGACAAGAACGGUAAGAUGCAGUCUAUCGGCAUCCUUAUCGAUUGGGACCUAUGCAAGGAUAAGAAGUAUCUCGAGACGGUGUUACGUCCAUCUCGCGCGGGUACAUGGCAGUUCAUGUCUGCCCGGCUACUCCGCAAUCCGGGGAAGAGACACGAGGUCGCGGAUGAUCUAGAAUCAUCCAUUCAUGUCCUCCACUGGAUAUUAUUCCGCUUCGUCGAGCACAGCUUGACGGGUAUUGCAAAUAUACUCAAAUCGCGCAUACUAUGCGUUUACGAGGAGCAAGGUUUCCAGAAGGAUGACCAAUACAAGGCAGAGAUCGGCGGCGCACAGAAGCUCGAGUCCAUACGUAGCGGCAGACCAGCCAUCGAAGUCGACCGGGGCACUCCACUGGGCAGACUUCUCCAACGCCUCGCUACACUUUGCCAACAACACUACUACGCGGUUGAGCCUGUCAUCAGCUCCAAGUCCAAGUCGAGCAGUGCCCUGGCAGGAGCCCGACCGGUUUCCCAUGAAGCACUGCCCAACUUGAGGAACCGUUUUAACAACGACAUUGUGCGAAACAGGACGCUGGCAGCACCUAAAGUCGAUGCCUACGAAGCGCUGUCGAAUCACGUGGAGGUGUUCGGAGCUUUCUGGGAUGCUCUCUGCGAGCCAUUGGAGGAGUGGGCGAAAGUCACUCGAACCGACGAUCAAUUCGACGAGCCUGAGUUCCGGAGUUCUGACGUUUCUCAGUACAGCGACGCGUGCUCCAGCCAGCGGUCGUCGAGAUCGAGGCGGUCGCUCGAAAGCGAAUCGGUGGACACGGAGCGGGCUGGGCGUUUCAAACGAGCGAGGACUACGACCACGGGGCUUCAGUCAUCGACAGAGGAAUCUGUAGUCGCGCGCGACGAAGCUUAG